CUUCAAAUUUCAAACACAAAACCCUAGCUACUUUAUUGAAGUGUCAUUAUCACUAUCAUUAUUAAUUUUACACAAUAUUAUACUUAUGGGAGGAUCCAUCUUUGUAGUUAUGAAGCUAGUUAUUUGGUUGUUAUUGGUUGUGGCCAUGCCAUUGAGCCAUGCCUUAACCUGUGGCCAAGUGGCCACAGGUAUCAAACCGUGCAUAAACUAUCUUAAGACAGGUGGGGCUUUACCGCCGCAAUGCUGCGACGGUAUUCGAUCACUGAACAAUGAGGCCAAGACCACUGUUGACCGAAAGGCAGUUUGCAAUUGCCUAAAGUCGGCUGCCAAGAGCAUAACCGGGAUCAACCUGAACAUCGCCGCUGGACUUCCUGGCAAGUGUGGUGUCAACGUGCCUUACAAGAUUAGCCCUUCUACUGAUUGCAAUAAUGUGCAAUGAGCUUAGAUCAUGAUGGUGCAAGACAACAAAAUAAAGUGCAAAUGGAGCUAUUAAUUCCUUAUAUGGAGUUUCUUUAAUAAGUUAAUUAUAGUUGUAUAAUUUCAUCAUGUACUUUUGUCAUGAAUAAUAAUAAUGGAGUUCUUACCUUCUUUAUACUAAUUAAA